GCCACAUCCCUUCAGGGUGCAGAACUGUGCGGCAGGUGCGUUUACUGACCCUAGCUCCUUCCUCCACUCAGCCGGCGGCCUCGAGGGAAAAAGACCCGCUUUUUUCACCCACCAGGGUCCCGCAGCUCCUCAAACGUCAGUUCCUUCGCUCCUGACAAAAACUGUGUCAAGUGUCCUCACCUCGGGUGCCUCCAACCUCACCCCACAUACUUGAUGUUCACUCUCCGUCGAAACUUCAUCACCACCAUCCAGAAACCUUCUCGCCUCUUCUCCACCACAGCUUUCAGAAUGGGUGUCACCAAGGACGUCAUCAAGGAGGGCGAUGGCACGACCAUUGCCAAGUCUGGCGAUGACAUCGUGAUGGAGUACACUGGUACUCUGGAAGAUGGCAAGCAAUUCGACUCCUCUCGCGGACGCGCUCCAUUCGCAGUCAAGAUCGGAACUGGCAGAGUGAUCCGAGGAUGGGAGGAGGGCAUUCCUGGCAUGUCUCUGGGCGAGAGAGCCAAGCUCACUAUCACUGGUGACUACGCCUACGGAAAGCAAGGAUACCCGGGACUUAUUCCACCAAAUGCCACUCUCAUCUUUGACGUCGAGCUCGUUGCCGUCAAUGGCAAGAAGGCUUAAGCAUUUCUUGUCGAGAUGCUCGUGCAGCCCAGAGCGCGCGCCCACUCGAAAUGGGACGAGCAUCAGUCACCUGGCGUGAUGAAUAUGAGAUUAUGGCCCGUCUGCUACAGUGCGAUGUAGUGCUAAAGGACAAAUGAGAUGAUAUGAACUACGUUUAGUCUCCAGCCUCACCACUGAGCCGCGUACCAUCUUCCUCACUUUAACCAUCUCUCUACGCCCAAAAUCAUUUCCAAUUGACCUAGUAUACAAGUGCAGAAGAGCAUGCUCUACUCUACUUGCCUACACCUUGGUUACCAUGUAGCUUUUCAACAGCGCUCACUUACUA